AAUGUUGAUGAAGUCGAUUCUGAAUUAGACAAAUAGAGACAGAUAUUGUCACUUGCCAGCUUCAGAGUCCAGCCAUCCAUCCAUCUAUUUCUUUGUCUAUUUGCGUUUGCCUUCUGUAAUCUUCUUGGUUUUCUUCUGCAGCAGCAUUCAUUUCUUCCCACGGAUUGGACACCCUCAGACCGAGCUCUUUACUGCUUUAGUCUGCUUUUAUAGUUGUAAGAGUAGCAGCCAUAAAAGUAGUAAAGGGCUUUUUUCUUUAGCUACUAUAACUGCUACCUUCUCUUCAUAUCUUCUGAGUUCUCGAGGAUUUGGUAUUCAUGGAUUAUCGCAAGGAGAAAAAUACACCAUGGCUAUCUGUGCCACAAUUUGGAGACUGGGACCAGAAGGGUGUCAUGCCUGAUUACUCUAUGGAUUUUUCAAAAAUUAGAGAAAAUAGAAAGCAGAACAAGAGGGAUCCAUCAAGGGCCAGUCUUGGUAAUGAAGAAGAGCUUGUAUCCUCAGCCACCAGCAAUUCCAUUGCUAGCCAUAGCGAUGACCACCACCAUUUCCAUCAGAACAAUUCUCCAACUGGAAGGAGGAGCAUCUUCAGCUACUUCAACUGCUGUGUCAGAGCCUGAUGUUUGCCAGGAAUAAUGAUUUGGUUUAGAACGUAAUUAUCUGUAUGAUUAUGGAUCCUCAAGUAGUGUAUCUUCUCAUGUGUUCUGAUCAAUCUUCCUCAGAAGUUGGAAACUAAGAGUGAUUUUGCGAGUAUCAUGGACGAUAGGUGUUGCUGAUUCGUUCUGCUUCUUUCAUCUGUGUCACAUUGCUUGCCUGAAUCCUGUAUCUUCGAUUCUGCAAAUUGUAGAUGCUGAUGACAAUAGGAUCAAGUAGAGCUGUCAAUCUGUUGAAUGAGGAAGCAGUAAAGAAUCGAAUGGUUUUCUUUUGGCAUGAAAUUGAUUUUAGCAGAUAUGAUUCUAAGUUA